AGUUUGAUCGUUUGACAGUUGUCUGUUUUUUUUCUCUCUUGCCUCUUGCCCAGCCGCGUUCCGGAUUCCUGUUUUGUGCGGUUCUUGUGUUAGUACGAAUGGAAAAACACACAGGGGAAAAAUGGCUGAUGCGAAAAGAUCAACAAUAACGGCGAACAAUAGCAGUGGCAGCGGUGGCGGUAGCAGCAGUAGCAACAGUGCCACCACCAGCAAAUCUCGCAAGUCCAAAAACGAUCUGAUUCGCAGCCUCGUCGGAACGUAUCUGAAGGCGCGCAACUACAGUGUUACCGACCGUUACCGGAAAUCGGAUCUCAUCCUCACGCAAUCAACUGAGCAAAUUGUGAUGAACACUGCCAUCAAAAACGACACAUCGAUGGUGAACAGUUUUCUGUACUCCAACAUCUGCCUAAACUCAAACCUAGCCCAAGUUGAUCAACAUUUUGCCAAAUUUGCAAAGUUUGUACGAAACCAACCGGAACCGAUUCGUACGGAAUUGAACGAGAUUAUCCCACCGCUGCUAUGCCACCUGUACAUUGAGAUGCUGAAGGGACGCGAUUGGCGGCCGGCGAUCGAAUUCCUACGUAAACAUGCACCGCUGGUGGGUAAGGUGGAACCGACUCCACCCGGACAUCUGAACCAGCAGAAAAUAAACGGCACCAUUGACAGUUUGCCGCUAGGGGCGGACAUGAGUUCGACGGUCGCGCAUAGCUCUGCCAUCGUUUUUACCCCCGGACGAACUUCCGAUUCGGCUCGUAUUGAAACGUAUCGCAGAUUAAUCCAUAAGCUGUCGCAAAUUGGCCGGUUUCAGGAUUGCGAAAGUGAACCACUAUUCGUGCAGUUCCGGUCCUGCCAAACGCAGCUACGUUUUCGGUCGGCAACCAUCGCUGCCAUGCGCCAAUAUUUAGCAAAACAUGGCCAUUCGUUAAUUCUGCAAACGUUGCGCACGUGGUUCUACUUCGACACGACCGAUGAUAAGAAUUUGGAGGAUUUUCAACCGGAUAGUUCAAUCGGUGAACAGUUCGACCCGAUUGGCCGGUCACAACCUACGGUUCGAUCAAACUCUAACGGACAACUAAACGGAAGCAGCAUGGCGAUGGAGGUGGACGAAGGGAUGGAAGACGUUGCUAGGCAACCGGUACCGCCGGAGUAUGAUUUCACUGAACAUACAGAGCGUGAGAAUGAACGCUAUCUAUUGCUGAAUGGCUUUAAUGCACGGUAUUUGCGCCACAAAAUGCUCGAUGCAGAGAACGGAACAUCGUCGAACGAUCGGCUCGGUUCGGUGCUCUUGGGUGACGGCGAAGAUGAGGAGGAGGAUGAGUACGGGAAUUGUAUAAAAAAUCCGCAAGCUUCCCAUAGCGGAAUUUCGGAACAGCAUCAGCCAGCAAACGAACCGCUCACCGGUAGUAUCGGUAUGGAUGGAAUGUUCUCGCGAAUGGACAGCCAGGAACGGUUGCGGCGGUUAAAAGAAAGCGCCGAGAAGCUGUCCAUCUAUCAGCGGCCACUGUGUGUGUACAGUUUAGAAAACGUUGGUCAGCAGCUGACGAGUAUGGCGAUCGAUCCCGGAUGCUGCCAUGUGGCAAGCGGUUUCGAGGACUCAACCAUUAUGCUAUGGUCGACGAACCGCAGCACCCAGAUGGGCCGAAAACCGUUCGCUAGCUUUCGCGAUCGGCAGUGCUGCUGGAAUGUGACCACCUGUGAUAGUAGAUUUAGUGAAUCGGACGAUUCCGAUGGCGAUGAGUAUGGGGAGGAUGUUGUUAGGGGAGACGAUUCGGAGUGUCGGAUAGGAUCGAGCGAGGAUAGACACCGCGACGGAACGUCCCUGCUGGACGAUGGUAUAGAUAGUAUGUUCGACUUGCGCGGAUCAGCAAACAUCGAACGGAUGAACCGGUUACUUCCGCCACAUAAGCGGCGCCUUACCAAACGGGAACGGUGGAAGCAGUUUCUCGAAAAUCGGUCCUUGGAAAACACUUUCUCUGAAACCGGUGGAUUAUCUUUACGCGGACACGGUAAUGCCGUGACGGAUUUGCUCUUCUCCGAAUAUAGUCCGCUGCUGGUAAGCGUUUCACGAGACUGUACCAUGCGUGCCUGGAUGGGCAGUGACUACACGUGUCGGGCAAUCUAUCGCGGCCACAAUCAUCCCAUCUGGUGUGUGGCGGAAAGUCCUACUGGGCUGUACUUUGCGACGGGAUCGCGUGACACAACCGCACGCCUCUGGUCAACCGAUCGUCGGUUUCCGUUGCAGAUGUAUGUAGGCCACACGCAGGACGUCGACACGAUAGCGUUCCAUCCGAAUGGGAACUAUUUGGCUACCGGAUCUACCGACCUGUCCGUGCGUCUUUGGUGCGUUACCACCGGGAAGUUGCUGCGUAUCUUUACCGACUGUCGGCAACCGGUGCAGAGGAUAUGUUUUAGCCCGGAUGGAAAAUAUCUUGCCGCGGGAGGAGAAGAGAAUCGUGUGCGCAUUUUCGAUCUAACAGCCGGAUCGCAGCUAACCGAGCUGAAAGAUCACACAGCGGCCAUUACGUGCAUCACGUGGAGCAAAGACAGCAGCCAUUUCGUGUCGUCCUGUGCGGACGGCACGAUACGAAUCUGGGACGCCAAACGAAUGUUACUUCCUUCUUCCUCAUCGUCGGGCGGCUCUUCCACCUUCUCGUCGUCCAACUUGGCGGUAACGCCAACGCGCGAUCUUUCGUCCACACCGGGACGGAGCAACAGCUUCGCACCACUCAACAAUGGCACCUGCAAUCCAAAGAUGAACAUCACAGCCAACCCACAGGCCCAACAAGCGGCUGGGUGUGGAAGGAGUGUUGGUGGUACAGGAUUGGGACCGUCACAUCAUCAUCAUCCACAGCACAGUGCCGGUGAUGUGGCGGCAACUAUCACUACCACCACCAAUACACCGCCGAGGUCGGGUUCCGGUACCGCCAAUAGCAAUAGCAAUCUCCUGCUCGCAUACUCAACCGGUUGUCGGCGAAUUUAUCGACUGCACUAUAAUAAGCUUAGCGGUGGAUUAGCGUGUUUAGGAAGUAGUUAAUGACAAAAAAAGGAAGAUUAGUGAGGGA